AUGUCAGAAAAACCUAGGAGGAUUUUGCCAUGGCAAGCUGAGGGAUUAAAGAAAAAUCGCAAUUGAACUGAAAGAAAAAAGAAUAGAAAAAUUCAUGGCCUUGUGAAAAUAAGAGUAAAAAUUUCAAGUUUGGGGGCUAAAAUAGCAGACUAUAAUGAUAAAGUAGGGGAAAACAUCAUUUUGCAUCAUCCGCUGACUACAUCUGACUUUUGCAUGAACGCUCAUCCUUCCAAGAUUUUAGAGCCACCCCCACGAAAAAUACGAAGAUUAAAUGAAAAUAUUAACAUUUAA